AUGGAAGCCCCGGCCGGCGAGCAGCAGGCGCCGGCCGAUGUGGUCCGCCUCCGCGUUUCAUUCAAGGGCCGCUUCACACAGGCAAGCAGGGGCCCUGGGCCCGCCCACUGGCCCCCUGGGGGCCGCCAGCAGCGGGGCAAGCGGGGGGAGGCCAAGGAGCUGUUCCAUGAGUAUGGCCGCGCGCUGCGCAUGCCGGGCACGCCCAUCAAGACCUUCCGCCUGCGCCUCUUCCUCUUCCCCGCCGCCGAGGAGCCCUACACCCCAGAGGACCUGGCCUUCUUCUCCGGCUCACGCACCAGCAGUGCUGACAAGCUGGGGCGCGACGGCAGCGCAUCUGGCGCGGGCAGGGACAGCAGCCUGGCCCGAGCCUUCUCCAAGGCGGCCGCCGCUGCCACCCCCUCCUCCUUCUCCUCCGACCUCUCCUCGGGCUCGCCCGCCGGCGGCGGCGCCUCCCCCGACGGCACCGCCACGCCCAGCGCAGCGGACACGGAGCUUGCCUGGGAGGCCGGGUUCCGGGCGGGGCAGGAGGCGGCGGCGCUGGUGGCGCAGGGCGAGUGGCAGGCUGUGGUGGCCAAGCGCAUGGAGUACCUGGGACACAUGCAGUCGGAGUUCCUGGUGACGGCGGCCGACGCGGCAGGCAUCCCGCACGCCUGGUCCGCGCAGGGCGGCGACGGCGGCCUGACCUCGCCCUGGGAGCGCUCCCUGCACCUGGACCAGAGCAUGGGCCUGGCGGCGGCCAGCGGCGGGCUGUUUGGCGGCAGCGGCGUGGCAGGCGUCGGCGGCGGCCUGGCCGGCCUGGACGACAUUGACUAUGACCCUGAUGCCGAGGAGGCGGCCGAGGCGGCGGCAGAGGCGGCGGCAGAGGCGCGGCGCGAGGCGGCGGCCGCGGCGUCGCGCCACGCGUCGCGGCAGGCGUCCCGCCAGCCCAGCCCGCGCGCACCGGCGCUGUCUGCGGGCGGCGGCGGCGGCGGGCCCGCCCUGCCGCCGCCUCCGCAGCUGCACCACCUGCUGGCGCAGCGGGCGGCGUCUGGGGCGGCUGCCAUGCUGGACAGCCCGCUGGCGCCGCAGGCCUCUGUGGUGAUGGAGGAUGUGGAGAACGAUGUGGAGUUCCAAUCCAUGUUUGAAUCCAAGUAUCAGCCCGGGGCGGCGGCGGCGGCAGCCGCGCGGCGGUCGCCCACCCUGGCGCAGGCCAGCAGCAGCGGCGUGCCCACGCCUGCCGCCGCCUCCCACCACCGCGGCGGCAGCAGCGCCUGGGGUUCUGGCGCCAGCGGCGGCAUGGCUGCGUCGGCCGGCGCCGGCGCCGGCGCCGGCGGCCCGCUGGCUGUGGCCGCCGCCGCCAUCGGCGCGCCGCUCGCCUCGGCCGCGGUGCCCGUUAAGCUGCCGCCUGGCGGCGGCUCCCUGGGCGGCAGCGGCGGCAUCCGCGGCCUGGCCCUCUCCCCCAACACCCUCCUCCCCACCCACAUCAGCGUGUUUGGGGACGGCGUGACGGGGCUGGACCUGCGGCGCGCCGCGGCGGCCCAGCUGCCCAGCCACAUCUCCGAGUUUGGCGGGGAUGAGGAGGAGGGCGGCGGCGACGCAGCGGAGCGCACGCGCGACGCCAACACCAUGUCGGUCAUGAAGGCGGCGCUGCCCGAUGACGACGACCUGCUGGCUGACGCGCUGGAUGCGCUGCGCCGCGCCCCCUUCCCCCCAGACGCCGUCCAGCUGCCCACUAGCUUCGAGCUGCUGGGCGGCACGCCCACGGGCGCCGGCGCCAGCGGCACCUCCCCCCGCACCUCGCCCCGCCUGGAGGCCGUCGGCGGCGCCGGCGGCGCCGCCGGCGGCGGGCUGGCCGAGGCCGCGGGCGCGCUGCCGCACCAGCCGGGCGAGCUGCAGCGCAGCCCGAGCCUGGAGGACCUGCUGAGCAAGGUGCACCGCAUAGAUGCCAGCCAGGUGUCGGUGGUGGCCAAGAUUGGGGAGGGCGCCUUUGGGGAGGUCAGCCUGGCGCACUGCUCCACCUACGGCCGCGUGGCGGUCAAGUGGAUCAAGCCAACCAAGGCCGACUUUGGCCUGUCCAAGCACAAGUACAACACCUUCUGCUCCAACGUGCACGACCUGCGCGGCACGCUGCCCUACAUGGCGCCAGAGAUGAUCAUGGACCACACGCACGUCACGGAGAAGGCGGAUGUGUGGAGCCUGGGCGUGGUGUUUUGGGAGAUGCUCACGCUGGAGGUCCCCUUUGCAGACAUGCCGCCCGCGCAGCUCAUCGGAGCGCUGGGCCUGGGCAAGCUGCGGCUGGCCAUCCCGGCCUGGUGCGAGCCCGACUGGCGGGCGCUCAUGGAGUCGUGCUGGGUGGAGGACCCGGCGCUGAGGCCCUCGUGCAGGCAGCUGGCCACCCACCUGGAGCGCAUUCGUGACAUGGCGCGCUGA